AUGCUCAGCUUCUCGCGACUCACCUUCGUUCUUCUUGUCUCCGCAUGCGUCAUGGCUAUGGCCGCACCAAAACAAAUGGUGUUCGGUUUCGGCAAGCGCUCAAUCGACAUGAGCGAGAUGCCAGAAGACGUUCCAAUGAAACGCUACAAGCCAAGAAGUUUCGCAAUGGGAUUCGGAAAGCGUGCCGCAAUGAGAAGCUUCAACAUGGGAUUCGGGAAGAGAUCCGCUGAGCCACAGUUCGACAACGAAGAGAUGCCUGCCUUCUUUGAGGAGGAAACCCCAGUCUUCAUCCAAAAACGCAAGUUGAUCAUGGGCCUUGGAAAAAGAUAA